UUUUUCUUCCUUGUCUAAAGCUUGAAUUCUGCAGUCGUUUUUCAUUCAUCUGUUCCAUUAGUCUUCCUGUGUAUUCUCUGAGCACUCCGUUUGCUUUUGCAGCAGCUCCCUGAUGCAGAGAGAGUAUGGGGAAGAGGAGGUGUGCUCAGACCGCCUGGACACUGAUUUCCCCGACUUCGACCUCUCUCAGCUGGACACCAGCGACUUUGACUCAGUGAACUGCCUCAGCGAGCUACACUGGUGCAAUGACCACUCAGACAGCUCCCCCGCCUCCAUACAGUACAGCACAGGGGACGUCGAGCUCUUUGAGACGGAAGAGGAGAAUGCGGCACUACUCGCCGCUCUCACAGACAGCCUGGAUGGCAUUGUGGAGGACGGGGUGGGGGGUCUGUCUGUGUUCCCCUCGCUGGGGGAAGAGCCCGAGGAGGAGGAGGAGGAGGAAGACGAACUCCUUUUGGAAAGUGAGCCUGUCCAAGGCUCGCUGAGCCCAGAGACAGAAGACCCGUCUCUACUGAAAAAGCUCCUGCUUUCCCCCCCAAAUGUGCCUGUGAGUCUGGAUUUAAACAGAUUGAGCAGCACGCUUAGUAAGACUCAGCAACUCAAGUCCUGCCGUCCUCUUCUGAAGAGGGACAAAGCAUGCACAGUGGAGCGGAAGCCACGAGCCUUCAGGCCUCCGGGUCAUCUCUGCACCGAGCUGCACCGCCACCUCACGCAGGAGGCCAACACCGAGGACACACCUGCAGCUGAUACCGAGGAAGAGGAAGAAGAAGAGGAUGAGGACAGUGACUCGGAGGAUGGAGAAGGGGAGGACGAAGAGGAAGAGGAGUCUUCGUCCAGCAGUGAAGUGGAGAGCAGCAUGUGCACUGAGCCACUUGAGCCUCAGUUCCCUUCAGAGAAGGAGCGCCACUCUGUGGUGGAGCUGAUCCGCUACAUGCACACAUACUGUGUCCCGUCACGCAAACAGGCCAGCUGGGACCGCAAAGAGCGUGAAAACGUGACACGGAAGACCAAGACUGAAACCCCUGCAUUCCCCCGUAAUGCCACCCCCUGCUGUCCUAAACCUGCUACCCAACCCAACACUCUGUCCAACAUCAGCACCAGUAGAGGAGCUAAACCUAGGCUUCCUUUUGUACGCCCCCGGGAAGCUAAAGCGCACUCUCUGCUUAAGGAGCUGCUGGAAGCGGUCGCUUCCUUCGAUGUGACCAAGCCUUACAGACUGCACAGCCCCCCGUAUAGCCACAGCAGGCCCGCCACAGCUCGACCCAAAGCUGAGCACAAAGACACUGGUGUCAACGAAGGCUCUCAGAUGGCUGUCAAGCGACCUAAAUGCCCCGAAAUAGACGAGGGCUCGUUUUCGGUGCGCCGCUCUCGUCGCUUAGCCACAUUCCCGAGUCGGUUUGCAAAAAGACAACGUUCGAGUAGACACUCCAGUGAGGAGGAGAGCUCAGUCCACCAUGCUGCCAUGGAUCCCCCCGCUGACGUCAACACUGACCUUAAAGCGCACUCCCAGAAGAGCCCUGAAAUCCCAGACCUCUGCUGUAAUGACGAGAAGCGUGCCUGCCUUUGCCUGCCGCUGACUCCUAAAUCCUCAGGAGAUCCAAGCCGGCCCUUCGAGCAGACUCUCUGUGUGGAGCUGUGUGGCACUGCAGGACUCACCCCGCCCACAACGCCACCCCACAAACCUGUUGACGAGGAGCUCUUCAAACCUGAGGGCAAAGCCGAACCGCCUGAAAAGGGAUUGUGCCCAGUGCGGACACACUUGCGGAAGCUUCCGGAGCAGACGGAGCUAUAUGCCCAGCUGCAGCGCAUGGGCCCGGCGGGCGAGAGCCAAAACAAGGGUGCCUACAGAGACCACGACUAUUGCAUGCUAAACAUAGGGGAGAGUCACAAAAGGAUUGCUGCCAUCCUCCCAGUGUCUGUCUGCUACGCUAAGGGCCAGGAAGGCGAGGAAGACAAGAUGGAGGAGAAAAACAGGCAGGAGGAGACAGAGGCCCAGCAAACUGAUUUCCCCUCUGACUUUUACCCAAACCAACCUGCAGAGACAGGACAGCCCUCACCUGCCCGCUCACCCACUCCUGAGGCUGAUUCUGAGUGCCCAGACUCAUGCCAGCCCCCCUCUCCCUGCCAUCAGAUCAACCGCAGCUGUGAGAGCCACUGUGACAAGCAGAGCAAUAACACUACACAUGGACAAGAAGAGGAUGGGGACAAGUGCCAAGUAUUUUACAUUCACAAUCUGCCGAGCAGCGUCACACAGGCCGUCCUGCGCAAACGCUUCAGGGCCUUUGGCGACCCAGAGGACUGCCGGGUGCUCGUUAAAAAAGAGGAGCGCUGUGGAGUCAUCACUUUUAGGCAGAAUCAGAACGAGCUGAGUCAGAAGCACAGACAACAUGACUCUGUGGGUCAGUACGCUGGAAAUGGCAACCGGAGGUUCAGCAGGAAACGCUACAUAGACCUGGAUGAGGCAGGACCAGGCCCAGUGAAGAGCAAGUAUGACGCUCUGGACUUUGACACUUUGCUUAAGGAGGCCCAGAGGAGUCUGCACCGCUGAGACGCCUUACUGACAGCUCAGUGAUUCCCACUCCUGAGCCACCUCGCAACCUCAGCCCAGACUCCACCUCAUGUUUACAUGUUUUUGAACAUUGAAAUUGGUAAAAAAAUAUAUAAAAAAUAAAAAUUGGACCUUCUUAUUGAGGCCGGAAGUCGAAAAGGUGGACGAAAUGAAACAACAGAAAGAAGUGUGUGGACGUCAAACACUAGCAGCCUCUGAGCGGCCCUGGCUUUCUGUAGCAAACCCUUUCUCUCUCCGUAUGGUCGCCGUGACAUCUGUAUGCGUGUUGCUUUUUUCGCUUCGUUUUUUUUUGUAACCUUUUUGGUCACUUUUUUGGUGGAACUGCAGCUUUCACCAUUUUGUCGUACAAGUAUAUAAAUGAUAAUUGCUUUAUAUUAGCAAAACUUUGUGGAUGUUCAAACGUGUGUUACAUUGACAAAAAUGUUGGGGGGCGAACAAACAA